AAGAGGAGGAGGAGGUGGAGGGAGCAGGGCUGGUGGGGGUUAUCAUACUAUUGUCCGCCCCUUAAUCCGGUUGGCUCAGAGACUGGCCCGCAGGCCAAUUUGUAAGUGGUUUGCGGAGCUGCCAAUCAAAGCAGACUGCCUCUCCUCAGGCUGUGUGGCCGGGGGAACAUCUCAGUUGCUGUGAGGAGAUUUUGACGGAGGGACACUCCUGUUCAUGGACCAUCAUCGCCGCGCUGCAAUCCGCCGCCUCGCUCGCACACACACGCAUGUAACGCCUCGCUGGAAUCCGGCCGGAGGAGAAGACGCGCAUGUGAAUAUUGUGUCUUUGCAUGUCAGGAGAGGAGGAACUAGUCGCCGGGUCCGCGGCUGCCUGUCUUUUCUCAUCGCUUCUCCCCCCCUAUGUCACUCUAAUUAAUCGGAAGGCAUGUGGAAUCGCACCAGGAUUAGGAAUUGCCUCCCAAUAGUGUGGCUGCUGUUGACGUUAUGGACGGAGGUGUCCCAGUCAACCGGCUAUUUCGAGCUGCAGCUGAUCUCCGUGGAGAAUGUGAACGGCGAGUUGGCGGACGGGGAGUGCUGCGACGGCUCCAGGAGCUCCCCGGACCUGCGCUGCACCCGAGACGAGUGCGACACUUACUUCAAGAUCUGCCUGAAGGAGUACCAGAUGGAGGUGGCCCCCACCGGCACCUGCACGUUCGGGGCUGGAUCUACGCAAGUUCUCGGUGGAAAUAUGUUUUCUUUUAAGAGCGCCAAGAAUAACCCGAACAAAGUCGACGAGGCCGGCAAGAUAUUGAUCCCCUUCCAGUUCGCGUGGCCGCGGACGUACACGUUGAUCGUAGAGGCCUGGGACUGGGACAACGGCACACGCAACAACGAGGAGGAGCUGCUGAUUGAACGCAGCGUUCACACCGGCAUGAUCAACCCCGGCGACCCCUGGCAGACCGUCCUGCACGACGGCCCAGUGGCCCGCCUCAGCUACCGCAUCCGAGUGCGCUGCGACGAGAACUACUACAGCAGCAAGUGCAACAAGCUGUGCGUUCCCCGCGACGACUACUUCGGCCACUAUCGCUGCGAGCCCUCGGGGGCUCAGGUGUGCCUCGACGGCUGGAUGGGCAAAGACUGCAGGACAGCAAUCUGCAAGCAAGGCUGCAACCUGUUACAUGGCAGCUGCCCCGUCCCAGGAGUGUGCAAGUGUAGCUACGGCUGGCAGGGCCAAUUCUGUGAUGAAUGCGUGGUCUAUCCUGGCUGCGUCCACGGGACCUGCAACGCCCCCUGGCAGUGCAACUGCGAGAGGAACUGGGGUGGUCUGCUGUGCGAUAAAGAUCUGAACUACUGCGGCCGCCACCAUCCCUGUUUGAACGGAGGAACCUGCAUGAACACCGAGCCCGACGAGUACCACUGCUCCUGUCCGCCGGGAUACUCGGGCAAGACCUGUCACAUAGCCGAGCACGCCUGCAUUUCCAGUCCGUGCGCCAACGGCGGUACAUGCCACGAGGUUCCCGAUGGUUUCGAGUGCCUGUGUCCUCCGGGCUGGGAGGGUCCGACCUGUGCCAACAAUCUGGACGAGUGUGCCUCCGGUCCGUGCGCUCAGGGCGGAACAUGCAUCGACCUGGAGGACGGCUUCGAGUGUGUGUGUCCUCCACAGUGGGAGGGAAAGACCUGCCAGAUAGAUAAAAAUGAGUGCGCACGGACGCCCUGUGUGAACGCUCGCUCUUGCAAAAAUUUGAUUGGCGGAUAUCACUGCGACUGUUUUCGGGGAUGGUCCGGACAGAACUGUGACAUCAGCAACAGCGGCUGCCACGGUCAGUGCCAGAACGGAGCAACAUGCAAGGAGGUCCCGGGGGGUCACCACUGCCUGUGUCCUCCAGGUUUCGUGGGCGCUCGCUGUGAGAUUCAGAGGAACAAGUGCGAUAGCAGACCAUGUCAGAACGGCGGCCAGUGUCACGCAGUGUUGGACGGAUUCGUGUGUCAGUGCCCACCGGAGUUUGCCGGACAGCUGUGUGAGAUCUCCAGCUGGUCGCCCUCAGACGCUUGUGAUCCAAACCCGUGUGAGAACGAGGCCAAGUGCCACAGCAUGGACCAGGACUUCUACUGCGCCUGUCCCGAAGGCUACGUGGGGAAGACAUGUGAACAGCUCAGGGACGCCUGCCAAACCGCCCCGUGUCAAGUCAUUGACAGCUGCACGGUUGCUAUAGCAACCAACGACUCAGCCGGAGUGCGGCACAUCUCCUCCAAUGUCUGCGGUCCGCGAGGACGCUGCAUCAGCCAGCCAGCCGGAAACUUCACCUGCGUGUGUGAUCCGGGUUUCAGUGGCAUUUACUGUCAUGAAAAUAUCAACGACUGCCUCGAGAAUCCCUGUGGAAACGGAGGGACCUGCAUCGAUGGGGUGAACUCCUUCCAGUGCUUCUGUCCCGAGGGCUGGGAGGGUCGACUGUGCGACCUCAAUGUCAACGAGUGCAGACACAACCCGUGCAAGAACGGCGGGCGCUGCGUCGACCUGGUGAACGACUUCUACUGCGAGUGUGCCGACAACUGGAAGGGCAAGACCUGCCAUUCCCGCGAGCGCCAGUGUGACGCAACCACCUGCAGCAAUGGAGGCACCUGCUACGACCACGGGGAUGCCUUCCGCUGCGCCUGCCCACCUGGCUGGGGAGGAAACACAUGCAACCUAGCCAAGAACAGCACAUGCGCCUCCAGUCCGUGUUCAAACGGUGGAACCUGCGUGGGAGGAGGAGACACCUUCACUUGCAUCUGCAAAGAGGGCUGGGAAGGCCCAACCUGCGGCCAAAAUAUCAACGACUGCAACCCUCAUCCGUGUUACAACGGCGGCAUCUGCGUGGACGGAGUCAACUGGUUUCGGUGCGAGUGCGCUCCCGGUUUCGCCGGGCCAGACUGCAGAAUCAAUAUAAAUGAGUGCCAGUCUUCACCCUGUGCCUACGGUGCCACCUGUGUGGACGAGAUCAACGGUUUCCGCUGCAUCUGUCCGCCUGGUAGAACAGGAGUCCGAUGCCAAGAGUUCGUAGGUAUUGGGAAGAGUUGCCACUACGCCGGGCUGCAGUUUCCCCACAGCAGCCGCUGGGAGGAAGAGUGUAACAGCUGCCAUUGCAUCAAUGGCAAAGUGGAGUGUACAAAGGUGCUGUGUGGUCGUCGCCCCUGCCGGCUCCAGUUAUCAGGCCAGGACCGGAAGCAGCAGGCCUGCCCGGCAGGACGGGAGUGUGUGGAGCACAGCUACCUCACCUGCUUCUCUCCCCCUUGCAAUGAGUGGGGCGUUUGUUCCAUGGCCGGACCCUCACCUCCACAAGCAACCACCAAGUGCCAGCCGAACAGCGGGCAUUUGGACAACAGCUGUGGCCGCAUAACACUUGUUUUCAGCAGAGACAAAGUGCCACCAGGAACAACGGUGGAGAGCAUCUGCUAUGAGCUGAGGUAUCUUCCUGACACCCGAAGCUUGGCAAAAGACCACGCCCUUCUCCUGCUGUGUGACCUCUCUCAUUCGAAUCAGGAUGCUGUAGAGGUGGCUAUAUCUUUCCAGCCAGAGGAUCUUCCAGACCACAAUCUGAUCCAGCAGGCCGCCAGCGCCAUAGUGGGCACCUUGUCCAAGCGGCACAACAGCACCAUCAUGCUGGCAGUCAUUGAGGUCAAAGUGGAAACACAGGUUAUGCCCCCCUCAGUGGAUUACCUGGUGCCUCUACUGUGUGCGGUCUUCUGCCUGCUCUGCCUCUUCUGCAUCAUCGUGUGCGUCUGGUGGACGCGCAAACGGAGAAAAGAGCGCGAGAGGAACGUCAGAUCAGCCGCUGAUGACAACGUGAACAACCAGCUGCAGCCACUUCGGCUCAUCGUGGGACGUCAGCAGCAGCAGCUGAAGGAAAGCAACAGGGAGGCCGAGCAGGAGCGCAAAAAGCUCAUGGGCCCCUCCUAUCGGACGUGUGAGGGGGAGGAGGAGGAGGAGGAGGAGGAGGAGGAGACAGAAGGCGAGCUUGAGCUCGAGGAUGAGUGUGGUGGAGCAGAGGCGGGAAAGCAGCCCGUUAGCAAAUACUCUAAGACUGCAGUGCAGUCCAGUGGGGGAUUGAUCUGUACCCUGCACAGCUCCAGUUCACCCCUCAAAGCACCCCACCGGACCCCAGGCUACAGCCCCAAAGACAACCGCUGGAAAAAUGUCAGUGCCGCUUUGACUGGUCAGAAAGACCUCAGAGACCAUUGUGUAUAAGAAAUUUAAACAAAGGACUCGCGCCAUGGAAGCGAGAGAAGCUGCGAGGCAGCGACUGACUACUUUUGGGAAGAAAAAAAGGCUUUGUGUUUUUAAAAAGCCGUUAUUUGCUUUCAUGAAUUCACGUUUUCGUCACUGUCACCUGAAAUUCUUUUUGAUUCAGGAGGCUCGAGCACAGUGAACAUCCUUUUUUGCUUCUGUUCACUUAUUUUCUUUUUUUAAUUAUGUACAAAAAGGAGCUGAAAUGUUACCAGGAGGCAAAAGAAGCUCUCUGCAAUUUUUGUUUAUGGAUUUGUACCAUUAAAGAAACGAUGAAUCAUCGAAAAAGGAGAUAUUAAAAAAAAACAAAAAAAAACAAAAAAAACCCCAACCUGUAUAAAGAUGUUUUCGUUUACAGAAGAUUAUGAUUUUGUUGAAUUGUCAGCGGGCUCCUGUUCAGUGUCUGCGGGUUUUUGGGGGGGGGGGGGGGUUCAGCAGACACACAGACACACACUUAAGGGACAGUAAAGGAAGAGUUUUGAGGGAAAUGGACUGUUGCAGCCACAGUAACAGAGGAAACCCUCCCUUUGCUCUGUCUCUUUCCUGCUUUGCCCACCAAUCCACCUGCGGCCGUCAUAUGCGCCAGCCUUACCAAAACACUUGGCCUGGAGGGGGGGGGGAGCGGGGACAGAAACCCCAGUGCCUACUAUGUGGCCUUCCAUUUUUUUUUCUCCUGUCUCUCAGUUGUCUUGGCUGAAAGCUCGGUUUGAGGAUUUUUUGCAGUAUUUGAGUUGGUAGCAAGUGCCUUUCUACGAGCCCUGCGUCGAGGCUCCAAGUCGCGCUGCCCAGUUUGACCUCCUCGUUCUCAAAACUCAAAGGGAUAUAAGUGUACAUUUAAAGAGUUCAAUUUCACAGCAACGCCAUUCAAGGUAUUUGAUCAAAAUAGAAAUGAAUACUCUGUACAUACGUGUAAAUACUAAAGGAGUCGCUGUGUAUAUUUGAAAUAAGUAACUUAAAGACAAGUCACACAUUUUUAUUAUUAUUAUUAUUAUUAUUAUUAUUAUUAUUAUUAUGACUAAUAUUAUUUUUAUUUUUUUUUUACAAUGCCAUUCCUUUUAUUUAUGCCAGUCAAAAUAGGCACGUUUUAUAACACUUCAUAUCCAGAGCCCCACAGUUAGAGUCUUUACAAUGAGGUACCACCUAUGAGGGAAUGUCUGAAGGGUUUAUAUAUGGUUUGUCAUGACAAUGCAUUUCUUUUUUCUUUAUUUUUAUGGAAAAACUGUCACGUUAAAUGGUUUUGGCCAUGUCUUAAGUGGUUUUAAAACCGUAAAGUUACUCUCACAAGGAAAACAAAAUAUUGCUCCUCAAAACAAUCUUUUUCCUGGCUUUAUGUUGUCCGCCAUUACUAGAUCUGGCCUUUUUUUGUUUGUUUUUUUUUGUUUUUUUUAAUUUUAAUUUAGAUGCAUAGUUCUGAAGUCCCGAUUAUUUCUGACUUUAUUUUUUUCCGUUAAAGGAAGCCUGUAGAUGCAUAAUUGAUUGACGGUGUUCUUAGCAUUUCAUAGCAGCACUAUAAACUGGACAUUUAACUUCCAUUGCUGCCGUUUUAAAAGCAGGAACUUUCAAUAACGUUGUCUUCUUGGCCACUCCUUAAUCAGUGAUGUCAAUGGGAUCGUUUUCCUGACACCUAGCAAGGGUCAUCACAUCACCGAAUCUGACUUUGUCGCCAGACUGUGGUUGACGGCUGUAUUGAAGUCUAUGGGAGACGUGUGGAGAAUAUCACUAUAAACCCAACAUGGCUGUGUCGUGUGACUUCAGGUGAAGAAAUGCCUUCAGAAAAUGAGAAACACUUGAGGGAGCAGAAUAACCACUGAUUUCUUUAAGACACGUUGCUUGUCCCUAUUGGGAAAGGUGAUGAUGACCUGUUUGGUCACAAUAUCAUCAGCCCUGUCAAUCAUUUGGGGGUAAAACAAAUCAGUCAUUAUUCUACUCUCUGAAGUUUAUUCCUUCUCUUGUGGCAUCUCUUCAUCAGAAGUCACACGAAGUAGAUGUGUUGGGUAUGUUUCUCAAUACCAGCCCUAGUUUUCCAUCUCCCACAGCCUGGCACCAGAGCGAGAAUCGUUAACGUAAUGACCCCUCUCUCUUUUAAGGUUCCCUCGAAAAGCUCAGGGAGUACAUCCACGUUCCAGGUGUUACAUGGCCCUGUUUUUUCUGCUCUGUAGAAAGCUGAGCUUUUACUUCAGCGGUAUUCGAUCCAGUUGUUACCCCCCGUUGGACGCUUUCUAUUAGAAAUAUCAGCGUUCUUUGUUUUGUUUUGUUUUUUUUUCCCUUUUUUCUGUUGUUCAGUCAGAAGAAUAAUCCAACGGCAGUGUUGCAACGCUGCCGACAUCACAGCCUUAAAAAGUUCUCAAACCAUUUCUAAACCCAUCGCAAACCCUUUUGUUUCAGGUGCCUUAAUGUAACGGGCAAUGCGUUAUUUGUGUAAUCAAUGGUCAUCUUUUUAUGUUGUUGGUUUGUUUUCACUAUUAAGGAAAGUAACUCUUUAAAAAACAUUGUGUGUCGUAUAGUGGCGUGUUUUAUUCGCCUGAGUAAAGUGCUCUCCUCGUCUCACUUUGCUAUCACGGAGAUUUCUGGAACAAAAAACACCCGAUAGAGGAUUUACAGGAGAAAUGAAAGUAAAGAACAGUCCACCGUGGCUCUUUUUGAGUGUCAGGAAUGUGGGUGUCAGUAGGUCAGAAUGUGGAAAUCAUACAUUAGCUUCACGUUUGGUUUAAAGGCUUUAAUGAAGGGAACAAUAUUUGCAGAUGUUUUUGCUACCAUGCAGAUGUUUGUUUUGUUUUUUUUGUAUUUUUUUUUUUUUUAAGUUACCAACUCGGUUCAGAAUGACCCCUUUUCAUAUCAUGUCACUGUCUCAAAAACGCCAUCGUAUUUUCUGUAAAUGGGACAUAGCAAAAUAAAGAAUUAAAGAUGCAUCACUGCUGGUGUUAAAAGCUGAAUAUGCAUAUUGUAUACAUUUUAUUCUACAAGGGACACGAGUUAAUUUUAUACAAAGUGAAAAAGGUUUUCCAUUAUUUUAGUGGAUGUUUCAUUGUUCUAAAUAAUCAUCCCAGUUAUUUAUUAAAGCAGUUUUGACACAUCUUGA